AUGGCUAUGACAGUGAUAUCCAUUGCUUUCUUCCUCCUCGUCCCCCUCUCAUCAUCGGCUGUACUUGCCGACAAUGAUAAUGCACAAAUCCCUAGCGAUAAAAGUCAACUAGCUCCAUGGUUCAGAAAUAGCAUCCAGAAGUACAAGCUCCGGAGGACGACGCUGGAUCCAGCCCUAGUGGAGGCGGAGGACAGCGUAAAAAUCAUCAAGGUGAGUAAAAGCGGUGGAGGAAACUUCAAUACGGUGAUGGCGGCAGUCAAUAGUGUUCCAGCCGGUAAUACACAACGCGUAAUUAUAUGGAUUGGAGGCGGAGUAUAUGAAGAGAAAAUCAAGAUCGAUAGGAAUAAGCCCUUUUUAACAUUCUACGGAUCACCAGAGGACAUGCCAAAGCUGUCAUUUGAUGGGACGGCAGCCAAGUUCGGGACAGUGGACAGCGCGACGCUAAUAGUGGAGUCGGAUUACUUCAUGGCGGUGAACAUAAUUGUCAUUAACUCGUCCCCAAGACCAGACGGAAAAAGAAAGGGAGCCCAGGCGGUGGCACUGAGGGUGUCGGGCGAUAAGGCCGCAUUUUACAACUGCAGGCUGAUCGGUUUUCAGGACACCCUAUGUGAUGAUAGGGGCAGGCAUUUCUUCCAUGAAUGCUACGUUGAAGGCACUGUGGACUACAUAUUUGGAAGUGGAAAAUCUUUGUAUUUGAGCACUGAGCUACAUACCAAAGGAGACGGCGGAUUUUCAGUGAUCACAGCGCAGGCAAGGAACCUUGAAUCGGAGGACAAUGGAUAUUCAUUCGUCCACUGCACCUUGUCAGGUACUGGCGGCAACACUUUCUUAGGGCGGGCAUGGAUGAGUAGACCGAGGGUGGUGUUUUCAUACACCUUCAUGAGUUCUGUUGUCAGUCCUUUAGGAUGGUCCGAUAACGUCCAACCUGAACGUGACUCAUUGGUUUUCUAUGGAGAAUACAAGUGUAUGGGACCAGCGGCAGACACAUCCAAACGACCCAAAUUCAGCAAGGAACUAGACGAUAAUGGAGCCACACCCUUCAUCACCCUCAACUACAUUGAUGCUUCAACGUGGUUGCUUCCUCCCCCAAGCCUUGCACUCCGUUGA